GGGCUGGACAGGCCGCAGAUACCAUUCUCGAUCCCAUUCUGACCUACGUCCUCAAUGCCAGCCUGGCAGCCGCCACACGCCACGUCGUCCGCGUCCUAGCCACUCACGGCCGCGCGCGCCGUGCCCACCGACCGCCUCCUAUCCACUUUCCCAUCCGCCACCAGACCGCCAGCGGUCGGACUCGGACCACCUCUCAGUCUCGAGAGCGCCCGCGGAGCGGAAGGGAGGAGCUCGUCGCCGCGCUCGUCUCCAAUGGCGGCCACAGCGCUGGCCGUCUCCACCUCCUCAGGGAGCAGCAGGGGCGGUCCGAAUCCGAACGUGAGGCCUCACCAGGCCCGUCUCGCCCGUUCGCUCCUACUCGGCGGCAGGCCGUCGCCGCCGCGCCGGAGGCUGCGGACGGCCUUGGCCGCGUCGUCGGGCAAACAGAAGCCGAAGCCGCCGCCGGGCGAGGCGGAGGAGAAGGUUCCCGCGUGGGCCAAGCCCGGCGCGGAGGAGCCGCCGCCCUGGGCGCGCGAGGGCGGGGCCGCGCGGGGACCGGAGGAGGCCGGGCAGGUCCCGUUCUACGCCUACCUGCUCGCGUCCGCGAUCACCGCCAUCGCCGCGAUCGGCUCCAUCUUCGAGUACACCAACCAGCGGCCGGUGUUCGGGAUCGUCGGCUCCGACAGCGCCCUGUACGCGCCGAUCCUGGGCUUCUUCGUCUUCACCGGCAUCCCGACCUCCGCGUUUCUGUGGUUCAAGGCUGUGCAGACGGCGAACAGAGAAGCCGAGGAGCAAGACCGCAGAGACGGAUUCCUGUGAAGCGGUGAGAGUGACUCCGCCGGCACACUUUGCCGGCGCCGUCGUGUACAAGAACUCGCACCGGAACGCCUGUGCACGCAGCGUCGGCCGUCCUGUGACGUUAUGUAUGUGUCACAUUGUCAUUGUAUUGUAGAAUUGGAGAGAGCAGAAGGAUUUACGGCGGAAAUCAGAGAAAGGGAUAGACAGAUAACGAGGAAUUUUCUAUAUUCAUGGAAUAAUAUCUUGACCAUCAUCGUAUGAGUGGAAAAUAUUUAUAUUUCUUUGGUUGGAAAUCGUAUAGUGUGUUAUGCACUUGUAUAGAA